AUGUACGCCCACCAAGACCACCCCACCCACAUGUACGCCCACCAAGACCACCCCACCCACAUGUACGCCCACCAAGACUACCCCACCCACAUGUACGCCCAACAAGACCACCCCCACUCACAUGUACGCCCACCAAGACCACCCCACCCACAUGUACGCCCACCAAGACCACCCCACCCACAUGUACGCCCACCAAGACCAUCCCCACCCACAUGUACGCCCACCAAGACCACCCCCACUCACAUGUACGCCCACCAAGACCAUCCCCACCCACAUGUACGCCCACCAAGACCACCCCCACCCACAUGUACGCCCAACAAGACCACCCCCACUCACAUGUACGCCCACCAAGACCACCCCACCCACAUGUACGCCCACCAAGACCACCCCACCCACAUGUACGCCCAUCAAGACCACCCCACCCACAUGUACGCUCACCAAGACCACCCCCACCCACAUGUACGCCCAACAAGACCACCCCCACUCACAUGUACGCCCACCAAGACCAUCCCACCCACAUGUACGCCCACCAAGACCACCCCACCCACAUGUGCGCCCACCAAGACCACCCCACCCACAUGUACGCCCACCAAGACCACCCCACCCACAUGUACGCCCAACAAGACCACCCCCACUCACAUGUACGCCCUCCUGAAGACCACCCCACCCACAUGUACGCCCACCAAGACCACCCCACCCACAUGUACGCCCAUCAAGACCACCCCACCCACAUGUACGCCCAACAAAACCACCCCCACUCACAUGUACGCCCACCAAGACCACCCCACCCACAUGUACGCCCACCAAGACCACCCCACCCACAUGUACGCCCAUCAAGACCACCCCACCCACAUGUACGUCCACCAAGACCACCCCACCCACAUGUACGCCCAACAAGACCACCCCCACCCACAUGUACGCCCACUAAGACCACCCCACCCACAUGUACGCCCACCAAGACCACCCCCACCCACAUGUACGCCCACUAAAACCACCCCACCCACAUUUACGCCCACCAAUACACACACUCCAUCCCAUCUCUCUCGACGAGUGCAUUAA